AUGAAUACGGCUCCAUCAAGACCCAGCCCCACACGAAGAGAUCCAUAUGGCUUUGGAGACGGUCGAGAUUCAAGACGUGAUCGAUCCCCAAUUCGAGGAAGUCCAAGAAGAGAGCCCAGGGAUGGGAGAAAUGGUCGUGAUACCCGCGAUAGCAGAGACAUGCGAGACCCCCGAGACUUGCGGGACCACAGAGAUAGAGACAUUCGGGAUCACAGAGACAGAAGUAUGCGUGAUGCUCGGGACAUGAGGGAUCUUAGAGACUUCCGUGAUCUAAGAGACUCUAGGGAUUUUAGAGAUCAUCGAGACCCCAUGUAUGACAGAUACAGAGAUAUGAGAGACUCCCGAGAUCCCAUGUACAGGAGAGAAAGCUCUUAUGACCGAUACCUGCGAAUGGAUGACUAUGGCAGGAGAAAGGAUGACUCUUACUUUGACCGUUAUAGGGAUAGCUUUGAUGGAAGAGGCCCUCCAGGCCCAGAAAGUCAGUCUCGUGCAAAAGAGCGUUUGAAACGUGAAGAACGGCGUAGAGAAGAGCUUUAUCGUCAAUAUUUUGAAGAAAUCCAGAGACGCUUUGAUGCUGAAAGGCCUGUUGAUUGUUCUGUAAUUGUGGUCAACAAGCAGACUAAAGAUUAUGCUGAAUCUGUGGGGCGGAAGGUACGAGACCUAGGCAUGGUAGUGGAUUUGAUCUUCCUCAACACAGAGGUUUCGCUGUCACAAGCCCUGGAGGAUGUUAGCAGGGGAGGGUCUCCUUUUGCUAUUAUCAUCACCCAGCAACACCAGAUUCACCGCUCCUGUACAGUCAACAUCAUGUUUGGAACCCCACAAGAGCACCGCAACAUGCCCCAGGCAGACGCCAUGGUGCUGGUGGCCAGAAAUUAUGAGCGCUACAAGAAUGAGUGCCGAGAAAAGGAACGCGAGGAGAUUGCCAGACAGGCAGCCAAGAUGGCCAAUGAAGCCAUUCUGCAGGAAAGAGAGCGAGGGGGCCCCGAUGAAGGAGUACGCGGAGGCCAUCCUCCAGCCAUCCAAAGCCUCAUCAACCUGCUGGCAGACAACAGGUACCUCACUGCCGAAGAGACUGACAAGAUCAUCAACUACCUGCGAGAGAGGAAGGAGCGGCUGAUGAGGAGCAGCACCGACUCUCUGCCUGGCCCGAUUUCCCGCCAACCACUCGGGGCGACCUCGGGUGCCUCGCUGAAGACACAGCCAAGCUCCCAACCGCUCCAGAGCAGCCAAGUGCUCCCCUCUGCUACACCCACUCCAGCUGUGCCCCCCACCUCCCAGCAAGAGCUUCAGGCCAAAAUCCUCAGUCUCUUCAAUAGUGGCACGGUUGUGGCCAAUAGCUCUGCAUCUCCCUCAGUCGCUGCCGGAAACACCCAGAACCAGAAUUUUUCCACACCUGUAAACAGCCAGCCUCAGCAGAGAUCACAGGCCUCUGGCAAUCCGCCUCCAAACAUUUUGGGACAGCCACCAUCUGCUCGGAACAUAGGCCCCAGGCCUGGGGCUCCUUCCCAGGGGCUCUUUGGCCAGCCUUCCAGUCGCCUGGCACCUGCCAGCAACAUAGCUAGCCAGAGGCCGGUGUCUUCCACAGGUAUCAACUUUGACAAUCCGAGUGUACAGAAGGCUCUGGACACUCUGAUCCAGAGUGGCUCUGCUCUCUCCCACCUGGUUAGCCAAACCACAGCACAGGUGGGGCGGCCCCAGGCGCCCAUGGGAUCUUACCAGAGGCAUUACUGA